GUUCGCCGUAGCUCCGCCCCUUCGCUGUGGCGCUGUCUCUGCUCCUGGAGGUCGUUGAAGUCACCGGUUGCUCUUUGCGUCCGUUCCUGUAACCGCCAUGUUCUCUCGUAUCGCAAGACCCGCUGCGUCCGGCCUCAUCCGGGGACUCUCCACCAGCGCACAGAGCAAUGCUAGAGUCACCGUGCUUGGUGCGUCUGGUGGAAUCGGACAGCCUCUGUCUCUCCUUCUGAAGAACAGUCCCCUAGUAAGCAAACUGGCCCUCUAUGAUAUUGCCCACACUCCUGGUGUCGCUGCAGACUUGAGCCAUAUUGAAACCAGAGCAAAGGUGACAGGAUACAUUGGAGCAGAGCAGCUACCUGAAAGCUUGAAAGAUGCCGAUGUAGUAGUCAUCCCUGCUGGAGUCCCAAGAAAACCUGGGAUGACCCGUGAUGAUCUCUUCAACACAAAUGCAUCUAUUGUUGCUACUCUCACUGAUGCUUGUGCAAAAACGUGCCCUGAAGCCAUGAUCUGCAUCAUUUCAAAUCCUGUGAACUCAACAAUUCCUAUUACAUCAGAAAUCUUUAAGAGGCAUGGUGUUUACAAUCCUAACCGUAUUUUUGGUGUUACAACUCUUGACAUUGUAAGAGCCAACACCUUUGUUGCAGAGCUAAAGGGACUGGAUCCAGCUCGUGUGAAUGUUCCUGUGGUUGGUGGACAUGCUGGCAAAACAAUUAUUCCACUGAUCUCUCAGUGCACACCCAAGGUAGAAUUUCCACUAGACCAGUUGGAAACACUUACUGGCAGAAUCCAAGAGGCAGGAACAGAGGUUGUCAAAGCUAAAGCAGGAUCAGGGUCUGCAACACUUUCUAUGGCCUAUGCUGGUGCACGGUUUGUCUUUUCUCUGCUGGAUGCCAUGAACGGGAAGGAAGGAGUCAUUGAAUGCUCAUUUGUUAGAUCUGAAGAAACUGAGAGCACCUAUUUCUCAACUCCUCUGCUGCUGGGGAAAAAUGGUAUUGAGAAGAACUUGGGCCUGGGGAAACUGUCUGCCUUUGAGGAGAAGCUGGUGGCACAAGCAAUGGAAGAGCUGAAGGGGUCUAUUAAAAAGGGGGAGGACUUUGCAAAGAGCGUCAAGUAAUUGUUACCUGUACAGGAAGUCAGCCUUCAUUAACUUAUUGGUACAUGACACUUUAGAAGAGAACCUCAAAAUAUAUGCUGUAAAGAAGUCUUUCAUGUCCAGAAUGACUUCCUCACAGGAGUUUACUUCAGGGAGACUUCCUUGCAGCGUAUCUUAUGGGCUCUUGUGACAGCACUUAAAGCAAAAGCUUUCACCAUCAAAGCAAAUACUGUUGAGAUUGACAUCAUGGAUUAAACAUCAUAUUUUCUUUGUAA